UCACACUGCACUCAUCAUCUAGCAUUCGUCUACUCUGUUAUGUUCUUUUCUUUAUUGAAUAUGAUGCAAAGGGGUCAGACAGGUGGAUGGUUUCUUUUCUUCCUGACUGCUGGUAUUCCAGGUGUCCACCUCCUGACAGACAGCUCCAUCCAGCCAGCCUCUGAGUCUGAGCUGCCCUCUGAGGCCCAGAUAUACCAGCCGGUGUUGCAGCCCUCUGAGGCCGUUCCUCUGAUAGGGACCUAUGUGGUGACAAACCUUGUUGGAAAACCUUGUAUCAAAGCCACCAUGGGAGCAGAGUACAUUGUCAGUGAAAAGAAGAAGACUUGGUAUUUCAACCUGGACCCCUCCAGGGUCAGGACCAGUGGAUACUGCGGUAAAGGAGCCGCUGCUCUUUCUCUCACGCUGCCAGACGAUGCUGCCAGUCUGCAGUUCACCUUCAGAAAGGAAAAUGAUAUUUUCUAUGUCGACAAGCUGACUGCUCAUGUGUCUCCUUUGCCUGUCUGCCAAGGAUGUGCCAACAAGACGUACUCGGGUUCGUUGGCUCAGGAAAAGCUGUUCGCAGCAGGUAAUGGACAGAGCUUCAAGUGCCAAUCUGAGCAACUGCUUUGGACGUCGCCGGAGCUGAGGAUCAAGCUGGUUCCUCUGCAGAUGCAGGCCUUCACUCUGCCCAACGGACAGUAUGGAAUAGAGGUGGAGUGUCGGCACGACUUUAACAAACGAGUUAUCCCCAUCAUCAUCGGGGCCGUAGUGGUGGGUCUCAUUCUGAUCGCUGUGCUGACCUCCCUGUUCAUCAAAGACCGCCACAGACAAGGAUACACCAGGCUCUGAGCUCAAUGUGAAACUGGAUGGAGAUUUACUCAAUCUGAUAAAUAUUUUAUAGUUACUGUCACAAAAAGUUCUUAAAAUUGCUCUCCUUAACUCAAAAGUUACUUUUUGCUCCUGGGAUUCUCCACAUAAUAAAAAAAGAGUUCUAAUAAUCUCACAAUCUUCAAUUCUGCUUUCAAUGAAACUUUUUUGUUCACUGCUGUUUGUUGUGUGAUACUCUGAUUUGUUGCAUAUUCAACAUCUAUUU